GGGAGGGAGGGAGGGAGGACGGACGAGGGGGCUGGGCUGGGCUGGUCUCCCAGUUCAUGUCUGUCAUUCGUUCAUUCCUUCGCUCUCGUUGGCUCGGCAGAUCCAAUCCAAUCACAGCUCGCAGGAGCAGAGGUUAUCGUUAAUUUCACGCUCGUAUGUAUUAAUGAGAAGCCCGCGGAGAUCGAACGGGGAGGCGAGCGCAAGAUUUCCAAAGGCUUAGACUCUGAGAGAGAGAGAGAGAGAGAGAGAGAGUUUGGGUCCGUCCGGAGGAUUGGCAAUUAUUAGGACGGGGAUUGAAUUCCUGUAGCAAUGUGGUAGAGGAAGGAAGGACGUGCAUGAAGGUCGUUGGACGGAUGAAUUGAGGCUUUCCCGGAGGGAGUUCAGGGCCUGGGGUGGGGGAAUCUGGAGCCUGGAGAAGAGAAGAGAAGAGAAGAGAGGAGAGGAGAGGGGAGAGAGAUUAUUUCGGUCGAGAAAGAAGGCAGACGGAGAAGGAGGAAGAGGAGGAAGCGGUGGAGGAGGAGGAGGUGGUGAUGGUGGUGGCGGUGAAGUGAGCAGAAGUGUCGUACCUGCGAGGGAGGAGGUUGGGCUAGUGAUUGCGCUUUUGGCGAGAGCAGAGGCACGGAGGCAGGCUUAGUCAGUCAGGUCGCACUGUGCGGGCUGUGGGGAGAAGAAGCAGUGGCCUUUAAGAGGGACGAAGGCGGAAGGAUCCGGCUUGCUUGCACGUCAUAUCGGCAGAGCCGAACAAGUCACGGUUCGCAUUCGUGCCGUGGAGUGAAACAUUCCCCUGUAGAAGAAGGCAAGGCAAGGCAAGGCAAGGCACUGGAGGGCCACAGCACACAAGGUGGUGUUGUAUGUAGUUGUAUGUAGUAGUAGUAGUAGUAGUAGUAGUAGUAGAAGUUGCGAGGAGCAGCAGCGAGCGAGGCCUCGCGAGGGGAGUGGUGCCGAGGGCUGCUGCCGAGGCGGGCAGAGCAGAGCCGAGAUUUUUCUCGCUCUCGCUUCGCAGACACAGCAGGUCACCGCGCUCUCCCUGCGCUCGCUCUCUCGUUCUUCUGAGCGGAAAGACGUGUGUUUUCUUCUUCAUCAUCUCCUCCUCCUGGUCGCCGCCCCUCGUCGUCUCCAUUCUAUAUUCAGCAAUCCUGUCAUCAUCCAUAUCUCCACGCUUCCACCUCCGAGCCAUGAUUUAUUUAUCCUAAUCCCGUCGCCCCGCCACCGCCACCCCCACCCCCGCUCAUGUGAAUACUAGCGACCGACCCAGUCCAUCCCAUCGCGUGUGUCCGUGCAGUCGAUUGCCAAUCGAUUUCCGCCUGUAAUUGCGUCGCGCUUGUUGCCAUCCCAUUGUCUGUUCUUGGAGAGUGCUCUUCCUGAAUCGUCCCCCAUUUCUGUGUGGCAUUUUUGUCAACCCUUGUACAGGCCGGUCAGUCGAUUUUAUUAUUAUCAUCCCCGCUUGGAUUCGCCAAGCACGAGCCGUAUUCAAGAUCUCACCUUCCGGUUCUGAAAUCUCUCCGACAUCUGUUGGUAAUCUGUUAUCUGUCGAAUAGUCAGGUUUUCUCGCCCGCCAGGGUGUCAGACAGGCUUCUGAGCUUUCUCCUCCCUUUUCUCCUCUGCGGCACUGGCCUGUACGUCAACACUGUUCUUUAGGUCGCCUGCCUGCCUCGCUCCCGAGUCUGUUCCGCUUACCUGCCCUCCAAUUCCCCGAUCGUGCUCGCGAGAGAGCCACUGUCCGACCAUCUCCUGCCUGCUUGCUUGCUUGCCUAUCGAGAGGUGCAUCGUGUUGGCUUUUGUGAUCUAUUGGGUUCGGGCGCAGAUGCGCUCGUCCGUUCCGGAAAUUGAAGAAUCAGUCGAGAAUUAUAUGUGUACACUGUGUCUGGCUUUAGUGUGUGUCUGAGAAAAGCCCAGCCAUUUUCGAGAAAGGCACAUUUUGCGCCACGGUGGUCGUUCUCGCGUGCGUCACCUGACCUGCAGCAGAGCAGCCUUUCGAGAGUUUUGCAAUCCAAUCCGCUGGCGACCAUUCAACACUCCACGGGUCCUUCUCUGCAUCUGGACACCACCCAUGCCCGAGGUUUGAGCCGGAGCCGUGCGCGGAUUCGACCCAUUCUUUCGACGAGCGUCGGAGUAGCGUUAGGUUUGGCGUCGUUGCUUCUCACCGCCUUCCGCAUCUCGUUGCUGCUCAGCCUGCCUCACCAUCUGUUCACGUCCCGCUACCUGAUUCCUAUCGUGUUCGUGGUCCUGGUCGUGUGCUACUUGAGCCGAUUCCUCGUCGCCAUUGCAUGCCGUGCGGUGGGCCGGCGGCCGUUUUCUUCCGUCGUGCAAGAGUCGUACGGCAAGAAUGAAAUGAGCUUCUUCUCAGCUUGGCUCGCCAUCGUGACCUCCGAAUUGCUGUUCGAAAUCUUCAAGGGCGAGACCCUGUUGAGAUCCUUCAGCAGCAUGUUUCUGAAGAGAAGAUGCGUCAAGAAAAUCGAGAAUGUGGAGGAGAGGCGCGAAACCUCCAUCCUGGAUCUUCCCGAGCUCGUCAUCGAAGGAGUGCUCAGCAAGCUCUCGGCUGCUUCGCUCUGUCAGGCGUCCGGGGUCUGCAGGGAGUUCCGCGUCCGCUGCAGCAGCGAUCACUUGUGGAAGGCCUUGUUCCACGAGAAGUGGGGCAAGCUGGCGGGUCCGGCAGCUUACCGCGAAUGGCAGAAGACUCUGGCUCUGAGGAACGAGGCAUGCUCGGGCGGCGAGAGGAAUUCGAAAGUUUGGGUGUGGCCGCUGUCUUGCCUCUGGCCUUUCUCAUGGUUCAAUUCGCAAGGGGAGACCGGCAAGGGUCCUGCAGCAGCCCCGCAGGAAUCGCUCAUGGCCUGGUACUUGGCAUUGGAGAGCGGCAGCUUGUGGUUCCCUGCUCAAAUCUACAACCGCGAGAAUGGGCACGUCGGCUUCAUGUUAUCAUGCUACGAUGCGGAAGUUAGUUAUGAUCGAGCCACAGACACUUUCCGGGCCAGGUAUCCCCCUCAUGGUCCCCGAACCAUAGUUGUGGAGGACAGUGUACCUUGGUCACGAUUGCGCUCUCCUCCUAUCGAUACCUCAGCCCAUGAACUCCAUGUAUCAGAUUGUUUAGAGGAGCUGAGGCCUGGAGACCAUGUUGAAGUGCAGUGGCGCAGAAAUAAAGAAUUCCCCUACGGUUGGUGGUACGGUGUUGUGGGGCAUGUGGAGAAUUGUUCUCGGGUGACGCGGCGUUGCCGAUGCCAUCUAGAAGAUACCGUGUGGCUAGAGUUUAACCAAUAUACGGUAGGUUCAAGAUGGCGACAGGCAGCAGUCGAUCGUAAAAGUCAUCGCGAGGAGGGAAAUGAAGCCGAAGGUUUCUACGGCGGGGUUCGGAAGCUCCGGACUAAGGAGGAAAUAAACAUCUGGACAAAGUUGUGGCCUACACAGGCCUUGGAGUAGGACGUACAUAAUUUCUCUCUUGGAGUUUGCGCAAGUAUAGAGCACGUACCCCUUGUUGCAGUGGGGAAGCGAAGGACCCUGUUGAAGAAACACGGCAUGUUCAGGGGAGUUAGAUCAUUGAACUGACAUCUCUAUUCUUUUUAGUCUAGUUCACCCCUCUCGGGUGGUGUUUCAGGAAGAUUUCUGUCAGGUUAGUAAAGGCGGUAGUGUGGGAAUGUUCCCGCAUUGCCGUCUAGUAUUUAAUGCCGAUGGCUCCAAAGGAAUUGAAGUAUCUUACAAUUCGGCGAAAAUUGGUCGAAGCUGCCUCCUCAUCAGGCAAGACUGAUUAUUGUGUACAAAUAUUCGGUGUGAGGGAAAUGUCAGCGAACCGGGAACUUGCAACUUUUUCCAGAGCGAAGCUACGCUCCAAAGGCACAGAUGGUUGAUCGGCCUCGGGUGGGGAUAGGUGGAGCAACAUUACCUUAGACUCUUUAGUAUUUAGGACUGGAGGAAAAGCCGCGCCAGCUGCCUCCCCCACUCAUGUUACAUCCAUUGCCUUAAUCAUUGAGUUCAAGUUUGUCGCUGGCAACGUGAUGAUUGUACAGUCGAGAGCCGAAGCGAUUUGUUCUUUCAGUUUAGGGUAAAUGAAAGACGUGGACAAGACCUUAUGUGGAAAAUUUUCGCUUUAU